GUUUUGAGUACAGCGGAAAGUUUCAUUUAGAUUUCUGACCUUAUGCUGUGCAGUGUGCUUUCGCUGUGUGGAUUGCUCAGAAGAAUCUGAUGGAUACAUUUGAAGACUACUACAUGAUAACUCAGAAUGACUUGGAGGAAAUUAAAGAAUCCAUAUCUACUGAGGAUCUCCCAACCGCAGUUAGCAGGAUCAGAGAAUAUCUCAGAAAACAAGAUCUUGUAGAGCUAAACGUUGGUGUGACGGGAGAGUCUGGUUCUGGAAAGUCCACGUUUGUCAAUGCAUUCAGAGGCUUAGGAGAUGAAGACGAGGGCUCUGCUGAAACUGGCCCUGUGGAAACCACUAUGGAGCCCAAAGCUUAUCUUCACCCAAAAUACAAAAACGUGAAAGUGUGGGAUCUUCCUGGCAUUGGAACACCAAACUUUAAAGCCGAUGAGUAUCUUCAGCAGGUUGAGUUUGAACGCUAUGAUUUUUUCAUCAUCAUUGCUUCAGAUCGGUUCAGAGAAUGCCACACUCAUCUGGCUAAAGAGAUCAUGAGGAUGGGGAAGAAGUUUUACUUUGUUCGUUCCAAGAUUGACGCAAGCAUUACAGCUGAGAAGAGGAAGAAGAACUUUGACCUAAAUAAGACGCUUGAUGUCAUUCGAGAGGACUGUGUAAAUGGUCUGAGAAAGAUUGGGAUUAAAGAUCCUGUUGUGUUUUUAAUCUCUAAUUUUGAGCUCGGCAAGUAUGAUUUAAAUCUGCUGGAGGAGAAGAUGGAGGAAGAGCUUCCACAGCACAAGAGGCGUGUGCUGUUGCUGGCUUUGCCAAAUAUCACACAAAAGAUUAACGAGAAGAAGAAGGAAGCUCUAGAGCAAAACAUUGGGAAAGUAGCUUUUCUGUCUGCUUGUGUGGCUACUGUUCCCAUUCCUGGUCUUUCAGUUGCUGUAGAUCUAGCUAUUGUUGCUAGAGAAAUAGAAAUUUACUACAGUACCUUUGGUCUAGAUGAUCCAUCCCUGCAGAUGCUGUGUGAAAGAUCUGGGAAAACCAUUGAGGAAUUCAAAAGUCUUAUGAAGUCGCCAUUGAGAGGUGGGAUAAACCCAGCUUCACUGUUAUCCUUAGUGGGUGCGGUAUCUGUAGUUGGAGCUGAAAGUACAGUUGAGUAUAUUUUGAGCCUCGUACCCAUUCUUGGCACUGUGGUGGCAGGAGGACUGUCUUAUCUGACUGUCUCAACAAUGCUUAGAAGAGCUCUGAAUGAUAUAGCAGAAGAUGCCAGAAAUGUGCUAAAUGCUUCACUGGAGACUGAAGUGUAAACACAAUGUUUAAUUUCUUUAAAUGAAAUAAACAUCCCAUCCAUUACCUGCUGAUUAUGUAAACAUUUAGCUUUGAAUCUCUCUUGUUACUUUAUAGGGCAAAUAUACAAAAUCAUAAUCUCUGUUUAAACUGGUAUACCUAUGACAUAAAUCUUAAAACCUUUAAUCAUAAUGCACUGUAGGUAGUGCUGUCGCCUCACAGCAAGAAGGUUGCUGGUUCGAGCCUCGGCUGGGUCAGUUGGCGUUUCUGUGUGGCGUUUGCAGGUUUUCUGCAUCCGCGUGGGUUUCCUCCGGGUGUUCCGGUUUCCCCCAAAGUCCAAACACAUGCGGUACAGGUGAAUUAGAAAGGCUAAAUUGUCCAUUGUGUAUGAGUGUGAGUGAGUAUGUAUGGAUGUUUCCCAGAGAUGGGUUGUGGCUGGAAGGGCAUCCGGUGCGUAAAACAUGUGCUUUAUAAGUUGGUGGUUCAUUCCGUUGUGGAGACCCCGGAUUAAUAAAGGGACUAAGCCGAAAAGAAAAUGAAUGAAUGAAUAAUUGAACUACUUUCGAUGCUCUAAAAUGUAAUUUAAACAGAUUUUAUAAAGACAACAGCAAAUACACAUAUCAAAAUUGUAAAACAGAAGAAAGUGUUAAGGCAGGUUUUGAUUGAAAUAAAUAAUGCAUGUGUUGGGUGAUAA